AUGGCUGGCAGAAAGUUUAGAGUUGUUGUAGUUGGUGGCGGCCCUGUGGGCUUAACUAUGGCUCAUACGCUCUCGAAAGCCGGAAUCGAAUUUGUCGUCCUCGAACGUAGACCGAGCGUCUUCGAGGAUGCCGGUGCUAGCCUAGUUAUCGGCCCCCACGGGAUGCGCGUCUUUAAACAGCUUGGACUUUAUGAGCGACUUCGCGAGAUAAGCGUGGAACUCACUGAAGGGCGGAUAUAUACCGAAGACGGCCGUGAGUAUAAAAAGGUAUCGAUUAUCGACGAGUUCAGAGCAGAUUUUGGCUCUUCGAGCUACAUCUUCAACCGGGCCGAGUUGGUUCAGGGACUUUACGAAGGCUUGAGUGAAUCUGACCGGGCUCGUGUCUUGACUCAUAAGAAAGUGACCGAUGUUAUAUCCGACGACUGGGGUGUGGCCGUCCGUUGUGCGGACGGAACACGGUACGAUGCGUCUAUUGUCGUCGGCGCCGAUGGUGUUCACAGCACUGUCCGAAAACACAUGCGCAACAUCGCCUUGAAGGCUUCGCCCAAAAUCCAAAUCGAUCAGGAGAAGCCGUUCUUAGCCGAAUAUAGGAUGUUGUGGGCCUCGUUUCCUUUGCAGGGCGACAAACACGACGGCCCGCCAGGCUUGGGAGGGAACUCACAUUGUGAUGGCCAUGCUGUACAAUAUGUCCUUGGGAAAACCCGGGGUUGGAUUUUUAUCUAUGAGCGUCUCUCGACCCCAACUAGGGAACCUACCCGAUAUACAGAAGAGGAUGUCAUCGCGUGUGGUGAACGGUGGGGAGAUGUGGCCGUUGGACAGAAGUUGAAGGUAAAAGACGUUUUCUCAAAGCGUAUCCACGCAGGCAUGACCAACCUCGAGGAGGGAGUACUGAAGCGUUGGUACUGGGAUCGAAUCGUGCUCGUCGGCGAUGCUGCACACAAAUUCACACCGAACCCUGGGCAAGGGUAUAUGAAUGGCAUGCAGGAUGUUCUUGCUCUCACCAACAUUCUACAUAGUGUCCUGAAACCAUACCGCAACGACGAAAACGGGGAGUAUGGUGGGAAGGGGCCGAAUACCAAGGUAUUGUCUGCCGCGUUCAAGCGAUACCAGGACGGACGACUAGAGGGCGCUCACCACGGCUGCAACUUCUCGGCCCACGAGAUACGGAAUCAGACGCAGCGGACAACUUGGCUCUGGUUCGUUGACACCUGGGUGAUGCCCUACUCCCCGAAAUGGGUGGACUCUUGGGCGCUGGGACUUACCCACAAGAAAGCCAUACGCAACGGGCUGGUACUUGAUUUCAUAGACGGCGAGGAGACGUUCAAGGGAAGGAUUGCUUGGGUUCAUCCUAUGCCAGGCCAGGCCACUCGGGAAUUGGCUAAGAAGGCCCAAGGGAACGUGGUAGCCCCUUUUCUAAGUGUGGUGGGUGUCUGUGGCAUUGGGCUGGCGGCAAUGAUGGCAAUUACUGGCCGUUAUAAGCUGCCUAUCUUUGAGAAACUGCUUAUAUGGUAA